AUGUUAACACUGAUAAGGCCAUUCUACCUACUCCUAUAUGUUGAUGACAUGUUGAUUGCCUCAGGAAACAAGAAAGUGAUUAAGAAUCUUAAGGAGAAGUUGAGUGGCGAGUUUGAGAUGAAGGACAUGGGAAAGGCCUCAAGAAUCUUAGGCAUGGACAUUACUCGUGAUCGAAUGCUAAGCUGUGAUUACUCCUACUGCAUCACACAUCAAAUUGAGAAGCCUCACAGAUGGAUGAGUGGAAAGUGGAAAGCAUCUCAGAUGGAAAGAAUUCCCUAUGCUAGCGCUGUGGUAAGCCUAAUGUACGCCAUGGUGGGAUCUAGACCUGAUCUCGGAUUUGCAGUAGGAUACGUGUGUCGAUUCAUGAGUAAACCAGGACGAGAACACUUGAAAGCAGUUCAGUGGGUCCUAAGGAUAUUCAACUCAGACUAUGCUACAGACAGGGACAGAAGUCGUUCAGUUACAGGAUAUGCAUUCAAAUUUGGAGGAAAUACAGUUUCAUGGAAAUCUUGCCUACAGUCAGUUGUUGCACUAUCAACUACAGAAGCUGAAUACAUGGCACUAAACGAGGCAGCUAAAGAGGCAAUGUGGCUAAAGAAUAUGCAAUGA